AUGCGCAUGUGUUUGGCUAUCCCUGUGCUGGCAACUUUCAGCGUCUUAUCUCCACCUUCUGCAUUCAAUUCUGUCAGUGGCAUAAGAUUCGUCCCCUCUUUCCUAGCGGAAAGAAAAAUGCGCCCACCCUUUCUUAUUUCUCCUCUUCCACCUUCCUUUGCUCCUCGUUCUCCUCCUCUUUUUUCUUUUUGCUUUUCAUUUCAGUACUAUCGUCAGCAGCUCACGACCUCUUCCCUUUCAGACGGUCUACGUUACCGAAAGCCGGACAGAUUCAAAAUGGACCGGCUAGCUUGGACCGCCUGCCUGUUGAUACUUUUGUCUUGCAUUAGUACAACAAACACUGUUUAUGGUCAUGAACUAAGUGAAGGACUCGAGUUAAUGAAUGAUGAAGCAGUUAAAAUACAAGGUGAUGCUGCAUUUCCGGCUAUUGGAGACCCAGCAAAUAUCAAAGCAGACAUCACUUAUCUGGUACAUGUUACCAAGGGUGUAAAGAAAAGCGAAAUGGAAGAUCUAGUAAAUUUUUUAAAGUCUUUGCUUUCAAAUGCAAAUAUAGCUUCUGGGGAUAUCCCUGAAUUAAGAACUAUUGCAAGUGAGCCAUCAGGUCUCCAUUCCUUUUUUGUUGAUGACUAUGCCUCACUCAGCAGUGUCACCCCAAACAUACUCAGUAUGAUCCCUCCUAUUGAUGUCAGUGCUUCCAUCCCAACAGUUCCUGUUCCAUCAAAACCAGCAAAUCCUAGGGUUUACACAACUUCUGAUGAACUGGAUCUUGUGUUUGCCAUUCACCUAUCAGAGAAAGUUAAUGAUGUAGAAAUACGAGAACUUACGGUCUACAUCAAAGACCUCCUUGAGAGGGCAAAUAUUGCCUCUGAACUGACCCGCAAUGCAGGAAACCGAAUCUUCACAGUUGGAAUCCAGCUUGAUGACAAGGCAGAAUUGGAAACAAUUUCAAGCAAACCAACGGACCAAAAUGUAUUUGCAGUGAUCUCCUUUAAUGAGCUCCCAUUGACUAAAAGAGAAAUAAUCAGCCAGCUAUAUGCUCUUCGUGCUGAUGCACCUGUCACAACUACAGUUGCACCAAAAGUAGGCAUUGGUUUCCCUGGUGUACAAGAACUCGACAAAAUUUCAAGUGAUGGAUUCAGCUUUCCUACUCAAGAUUUCAGAACUCUGGAAACUCAACUUACAUCUGUAGCCCAGGCCAUUUGUUUUGAAAUUGACCUGGACUAUUUCAUCCCAGAAAGAGGACAGAAAAAUCCCUUUGGUUCUGCAUCUGAAGCUCCAAGCCCAACACAACCUGAUCGUGUCGAAGUGCCCACAAAUAGUAAGUUAUAUAAUAAAUAUGGUUUUGGUGCUGUACCAACAGUCCCUGAAGCUGAAAAUGCUAGAGCUGACAACAUUCACAUCUAUGCAGUUGGUAUUGGUUUGGCGGACACCACGGAAUUGAGCCAGAUUGCGUCUCCACCAAUCUCUGACAAUAUGUUUGUGGUUGAUGACUUUCAAGCUCUCAGUGCUUUGGAGAAGAAAAUACUCGAUCAGUUUUGUCCAGCUCCCAGAACUACACCAGUUCCUUUACCACCAAAGGGUAAGACAUCUGUUCAAUCAAUGUAUCUGUCAACAGUCCGUGUCUUAUCUCAUCUUCAAAAUUUUUUCUCAUUUUCUCUUGCACUCCCUGCCUCUCCCCCUCUCUCUUUCUCUCUCUCUCUCUCUCUCUCUCUCUGUAAACUCUUUUUCCUGUUUAUAUUUAAAAUUCCUACAGUCAUCUUUUCUUUGACACUUGACCCUUUUGACUUGCUCAAGCAGAACAGUUACUACUAUCCUCCAUUCUCUAUCUCAUGA